UGUUUUACACCUGAGACAUCGCUGAAUACAAAUAUGUGUAUUUUAUUGCAGUAAAAGCAAACAGUAUUGUGACAUUCACAGUUAAAAUGUCACAUAGAAUUAAGAACAUUUUAAAAAGAUCUUAUUUUCUCUAAUUUUUUUUUUACAUUUUAUUCAUAUUAAAUUAUGUUCCAUACCUAAAUAUUUGAUGUUAAAUGAAUGCCCAGAUUCCCAUGAAUAAAAUGAUAUAUAAUAAGUGUGGGUGCAUUUAAUAUGAAAGAGGUAAAUUACUGUUGAACAGACAUAUAGUAAAAUUCUGUGGUUUGUUUACUUUUUUUUUGGAUCACAACUUUUACAUUUGGCUGCGGUCUUAAGGGGUUAAAACUCCAAUAUAAGCAGCAGAUUAGCAGCAAAACAAUUAGAAUGUUUACAACUGCGCAGUAAGCGCACUAUUAGACGCUUCUAUUUAACGCUCAGAUAUAAAGUGCACCGCAGGCCGCAAAUGUACUAUUUAGCAGAUUAGCAGCAAAACAAUUAGAAUGUUUACAACAGCGCAGUAAGCACACUAUGAGACGCUUCUAUUUGACUCUCAGAUAUGAAGAACAGGCCCCAAAAUGUACUAUUUAGCAGAUUAGCACCCAGAAAAUUAGAAUGUUUACCACUGUGCAGUAAGCGCACUAUUUGACGCUUCUAUUUGACUCUCAGAUAUGAAGUGCACCGCAGGCCGCAAAUGUACUAUUUAGCAGAUUAGCAGCAAAACAAUUAGAAUGUUUACAACUGCGCUGUAACUGCAGUAUUAGGCGCUUCUAUUUGACUCUCAGAUAUGAAGAACAGGCCCCAAAAUGUACUAUUUAGCAGAUUAGCACCCAGAAAAUAAGAAUGUUUACCACUGCGCUGUAAGCACACUAUUAGAAAUUUCGAUUUGACUCUCAGAUAUGAAGUGCAACCCACUAAAAUACUAUUUAGUAGUUUAGGACCCAAAAAAUUUUUACGUUUUAAAACUGCAAUGUGACAGCAGUAUUUGACGAUUCUAUUUUACUCUCAGAUAUGAAGUGCACCCCACUAAUGAACUACCCCACUAAUGUACUAUUUCACACCCAAAAAAAAUUACUUUUUAAAACUCCGAUGUAACCGCGGUAUUUGAAGCUUCUAUUUGACUCUCAGGUAUGAAGUGCACCCCACCCCACUAAUGUACCAGUUUGCAGAAUUCUUUCCUAAGCUGUCCCUAUCAGCGGCAGCAUCCUCUCCCUACACUAAUAAGACCGCAUGUGCGUACGCGACUCCAGCUUAUAUAUAGAGGGUGGGUCACAUGCUGCACUGGCCAAUCACAGCCAUGCCAUUAGUAGGCAUGGCUGUGAUAGCUUCUAAGGGCACAAGAGUCAAACGCUUGUUGAUUGGCUGCCCUGCAGCCUUUCAAAACACGCCAUUAAAACGCCGAACUCCAACCCGACAUACAGUGAUAUGUCAGUGUUCGGGUCCGGGUCCAAAAAACCUAAUGUUCGGUACGAACCCGAACUUUACAGUUCGGGUUCACUCAACUCUAGUCGUACAGUUUAGUUUUUUUUGUAUAGUUUUUUGUUAGGUGCAUGUUUAAACUUGGGACUCCACUAAAUAUGAUUCUUGGGAUGUCAGCAAUAAUACUUUUUAAUACUUCAUCUUCUUUUAAUAUGUGCCAAUAUUUCUUAAUCACUUUUUUUUUAUUUUUGUUCCUUAUUGUUGUAGUCCAAUACUAUGGAAAAAAAUUUAAUCAUUCUUCUUUUUAUGGAUGAAAUUAGAACGUUCACAAUUAAUAAGAUUUUAUCUGUCAAGUUUUUCUGUUACAUUUAUGGUUUUAUCUAAAGACUCUGAAUUAUACCCCUUUUUAAUUAUUAUUUUUUUCCAUCUUAUAAGCUUGUUCAUUGAAAAUAGGUAAUUCAGAGAAGUCUUAGAAUUUGACUCUUUGGUAUGCUUUCCAACCAUACUUUAUUGUGAACGCUUUUUGUACUAAUAUAACUUUUUACAUGGACUGUUUUAAAAUGAGUCUUAGUUGGAAUUUUAUUGUCCUUGAUAUAAAUGUCUAAAUCCAUAAAGGUCACAUUCACGUAACUAAAAUCAGUGGUUAAUAUUAUCCCAUCUUCAAUCCUAUUUAAAAAAAUAUAUAAAAUCAUGAACUACAGAAAUAGGAUCAUUCCAAAUAAAAAGAAGGUCAUCGAUACAUCUAAAAUAUCCAACCAGGUUUGCACCCAGCCAUGUCCACUCCAUAUUAAUCUUUCCUCCAAUUCUAUCAUGAAGAGGUUGGCAUAACUGGGUGCAAACCUGGUUCCCUUAAAGGUACCAUUCCUAUAAAUUUAGAAAGAAUCAUAAAACCAAAAAUAGUUAUUUAAAAUAAUUUCUAUACUUUCUAUGAUAAAACUUAUAUGUAUUAGUUGCAUGUUAUCAUCAUUUUCUAAAAUUGUUUUCACAGCAUGGCAACCUUCCUUGUAAUUUGACUCAUAACACUCUGAUUGGUUACUUAACCCCUUAAGGACCGAGGACGGUUCAGGACCGUCAUCGGCAUUUUUGCCUUGCCGACCGAUGACGGUCCUGAACCGUCGGUGGGGCUACUACAAUCGCCGUUCCCCGGAACCACGGUAUUCCCUCGAUUUAUUGGGGAACUGCCUGCGAAGCGGGUGGAAUACGGAAUGCAGACACCUAAUGUGAUCGCUGCAGAUCACGCCAAUUACAACAGAAUAAACGUGUCUUACAGGGACUUCCUGUACUGGCGGCAGUCUCCAUAACACAAUAAAAAAUCAGAAAAAUUAAGUUAAUACGGUAAAUAGUAUGGCGGUAUAUGUAUAAAUGAUACCACUGAAUAUAUUAUAUAUAUAAUAUAUAAAUACCUUCAUAUAAUGCCACUUCAGGUAACCAUUUUUAUAUUAAUAUACUUAUAUUAAUAUAAAAGAAAUACACUUAUAAUAAAUACGCAUAUAUAAUAUAUAUAAUAACUAUAUAUAUUGUAUAUAUAUAUUAUUAUAAAAUAUAACUAAUAAGUAAUUUAAAUUAAAUAAUUUUUUUUAAAAAUAAUAAUAAAAAAAAAAAAAAAAAUUAUAUAGCUAUAUGAAAUUUUAUUCUAACUGUAUUUUAAAAUUAAUAUAUAUAUAUUUAUAUCAAAAUACACUUAGAAUGAAUUUGUAUAUAUAUCUAUGUAUAUAAAAAUAAAUAAAAAUAAUAAGAAAUAUACAUACGUCCAUAUACAAAAUUACAUAAAUAAUUAUAUAAAUAUACACGUAGACUUCAAAUAUAUAAAUAUGCAUAUAUAUUUAAAUUCUACGUGCGUAUUUAUGUAAUAUUUUUACAUAAUUCAGUAAUUUUAUUGAUUGCAAUUUGAGGACCUGCCUGCCAACCCAGGCGAAAUUCCAGAGAAUUUAAUUUGCUAGCACUGUAUUUUACCCUGUAACGUUCUCGACACCCUAAAACCUGUACAUGGGGGGUACUGUUUUACUCGGGAGACUUCGCUGAACACAAAUAUUAGUGAUUCACAACAGUAAAACAUAUCACAGCGAUGAUAUUGUCAGUGAAAGUUACUUUUUUUGCAUUUUUCACACACAAACAGCACUUUUACUGAUGAUAUAAUUGUUGUGAUACGUUUUCCAGUUUUUAAACACUAAUAUUUGUGUUCAGCGAUGUCUCCCGAGUAAAACAGUACCCCCCAUGUACAGGUUUUAUAGCAUUUUUGAAAGUUACAAGGUCAAAUAUAUGGGUCAAAUAUUUUUUACAUUGAAAAUGGCCAGGUUGGUUACGUUGCCUUUGAGAGCGUAUGGUAGCCCAGGAAUGAGAAUUACCCCCAUGAUGGCAUACCAUUUGCAAAAGAAGACAACCCAAGGUAUUGCAAAUGGGGUAUGUCCAGUCUUUUUUAGUAACCACUUGGUCACAAACACUGGCCAAAAUUAGCGUUCAAUUUAGUUUUUUUACUUUUUUCACACACAAACAAAUAUGAAUGCUUACUUUGGCCAGUGUUUUCGACUAAGUGGCUACUUUAAAGACUGGACAUACCCCAUCUUGAAUACCCUGGGUUGUCUACUUUAAAAAUAAAUAUGUACAUGUGGGGUGUUAUUCAGAGAUUUAUGACAGAUAAUAGUGUUACAAUGUCACUAUUGAUAAAUUUUAAAAAUGUAUGUUUUGAAACCGCAAUAUCCUACUUGUACCUAUAGCCUAUAACAUGCAAAAAAAAGCAAAAAAGCACGUAAACACUAGGUAUUUUUAAACUCAGGACAAAAUUUUGAAUCUAUUUAGCAGUUUUUUUCAUUCGCUUUUGUAGAUGAGUAAAAGAUUUUUCAAGUAAAAGUCAAAAAACAUGUAUUUUUUUCAAUUUUUCAUCAGAUUUUUGUAUUUUUUUAAAAUUAAAAUACAUGAGAUUAUAUAAAUAAUGGUAUGUAAAGAAAGCCCAUUUUGUCCUGAAAAAACAAUAUAUAAUUUGUAUGGGAACAGUAAAUGAGAAAGCGGAAAAUUACAGCCAAACACAAACACCACAAAAGUGUAAAAAUAUUCCUGGUCGCAAAUGUACAACAUCGCAAAAACAGUCCAGUCCUUAAGGGGUUAAUCCACCAAUCAGAGUGCUCGGUGUCAUUUUACACAGCAUGGGAAAUUUCAAAGAACUUUCCCACGCUGUGUAAAAUGACACAGAGCACUCUGAUUGGCUGGAUUUCACGCUAAACAAUCAGAGUGCUCUGUGUCAUUUUACACAGCGUGGGGAAAUUCCAAAGAACUUUCCCACGCUGUGUAAAAUGACACAGAGCACUCCGAUUGGUGGAUUAAGUAACCAAUCAGAGUGUUAUGAGUCAAAUUACACAGCGUUGGAAAAUUCCAAAGAACUUUCCCACGCUGUGUAAAAUGACACAGAGCACUCUGAUUGGUGGAUUUCAAGCCAACCAAUCAGAGUGCUAUGACAGGUAAAUGUAGAGACUUACCUGUCAGUCUCUUCAUUUACCUGUCAGAGUACUCUGAUUGGAUGGCUUAAACACACCAAUCAGAGUGCUCUGAGCCUAAUUGCAGAGCGGGGCAAGGCUUUAUAAGCCUUCCCCCGCCCUGCAGUGCUCAGUCUGCGCGAAGCCCUCCAUAGGUGGAAAUGGAUUAUUAUUUUUAGCGGUCAUUUUUAUUUUUCAUUAUGUUUUUUUUAUGUGGCCUUUUGUUUUUUGUUUUUUUACAUGUAUUUAGAUAAGGGUCCCUCAUUAUUUUUAGGAUGAGGAGAGUAGGCAGGGGUAAUUUUUUUUGGGGUAGGGGGUGACUAGGGGUGUGGGAACCCUAGUCACCUGGGGGGGUAAAUUUUUAUUUAGGGCCCCCUCCCGCCGCUCAGGGCUGGGGGCCGGGGGGGGAGGACAUUAGGUCCCCCCCCCUUAUUGUUAUUUAGGGCCCCCACCCACCGCGCAGGGGUGGGGGCCAGGGGAAGGACAUUAGGUCCCCCCUUAUUCUUAUUUAUGGCCCCCACCCACUGCUCAGGGGUGGGGGCAGGGGGAGGACAUUAGCUCCUGUUUAAUAGACAUUCCCCUACUAGCUGGGUCACAUGCUGUGAUGGCUUCUAAGGGCAUACGAGUCAAACGCUUGUUGAUUGGCUGCCCUGCAGCCUUUCAAAACACGCCAUUAAAUCGUGGAACACCGAACUCCAUCCCGAACAUACAGUGAUAUGUCUGUGUUCGGGUCUGGGGUCCAAAAACCGUAAUGUUCGGUACGGUUCGCUCAACUCUACUCAUGUCUGUUUUUUGCUGUUGAUCCCAAAUAAGGCAAAACCCCCAGAAGGCUAUCAGAUUUAUUGUUGGAUCAAGAAGCUUCAUUUUCAAUUAUGUGCUUGUUUUUCAAAAAAUUUGGGAAUCUGUGCAACUUUGCUUUAAUUGUUGAAAUUUCCCUUUGAGUAGUGGAUGUAACCAUUCACAUCCAUAGGCUUAACAUUGUGUGCCAAUAGAACUAUUUUCAGCAUAAAUAAUUUAACCCCUUAAGGACAUGUCAUGAUUCCCUUUUAUUCCAGAAGUUUGGUCCUUAAGGGGUUAAUGAAGAAAGGUUUAUACCUGCACCACUGCUUCUGCUUUGCAAACUACAAGCUUUUUUCACUCACUAAUAUACACAGAAUGUGGCUUCACAAGUGAACCCUGCAUACGAGUGCAAGUAUGGCAUGUCUUUUUUUUAAAACUAUUUGUAGAAGAAAUAAAUAUUCUAAAAUGUGGUGGUGGUGCUGGUGGUCAUCCCCCUAUUCACCCACCUAAUUAAAAUAAAUAAAUAAAUUAAUUACUACUGCUGCUCACCCUUUUUCAAAUGCCUUUCAUUGUGGUUUCGCCCUACCUGCCUGACUGUCUUUCAGUGCUUGUUACCUCCAUAGACACAGUAAAUAGAAACUGCUAGAUCAUUGUUGUUUUACACUGAAGGAUGGUCAGUUCUUUUUCUAAGAUAUAAGUAAGUGGAUAUGGGCAAAUUCUCAGACAUUGUAGCAGCCAAAGAGGAUUUUAAUAUGGCUGACCCUAUAGCGCACUGGUAAGCCAGGAGAUGAAGAAAAAUAUGACACAUUGGUUAAUUAAAGUUUUUUUUUUUCAUAUUAGCACUGUAUAGUUUAAUCUAUAAAAAAAAAAAAAAAAACAUUUUCAAAUUAGUGAAAAGAGAACCUUACCAUAUUGUCGUACUUCCACAUGACCGAAUAGUAUUAUGUUUUGGAUGCUUUUUUAUACCGUAUCUUCUCUCCGUCUUUCUUAAACAAUAAACAUAAAAUUACAACAAAAAAAGAGAGAGAAAAUAAAAAGAGAAAUUAAAAAUGGGAGAACUACUGCUAUUUGACAGAAUACUAAUUAACAUUGUAUCAUAAUAUUUCUAAUGUUUUUCCUGUAGGCAUGAAUAGCUUAUUUCAAUCUCUUGCUUCCAAUGAAAUGGUCAGCAAUUCCCUUUGUCAUCUGGAUCUCUCAGAAAAUUCAGGUAUCCUUGCUACAGAAGAGUCCAUUGUGAGUUGAAAAAAAAUAUUCUGAAUAAUUAAAAAAAAUACUUGUCAAGUAUUCACAUUUUAUUAUUGCAAAACACUGCAGAAUAUGUUGGUGCUAUAUAAAUGCUAAUAAUAUUAAUAAUAAUAAUAAUACUAAUAAUAAUAUUAUUAACAAUAAUCAUGUGUAAUAUUAAAAAAAAGAACUGGAGAAAAAUGUGAAGAAAGGGUUAACACAAGUAAUGGGUAAUUUUUAAUGAUUUUUUUAAUGUGAAUAUGUGAAUAUUAAAUAUCUCAGUGCUAAGCAUAAGUUAAAAAAAUUAUUUGGAUAAAAAUUUCCAUUCAUGAAAAAAUGUGAUUGAAACACCUGUCUGAACGGAUAGACACUCUCUCACCAUGCUCAAUACUUUUUCAAAAUUUGUUCCCUUGACCAACCUUGUAAACAAGUCCUCUAUAUACUUUAUAUUAUCUUUGUUUGGCAGUUAUAGUUUUGGAUUUAUACAUUUUUGUUAUUUUUACUUAUUAGUGUACAGGAAUCAUCUAAAAACAUGUAUUUUUUUUUUUCAGAGUUUAUAUAAUUUUCUUGGCCAUUGCAACUCAUUGUGUUUCUUAAAUCUGUCUGGCACUGACUGUGCUCUGGAAUCUGUAAGUACUUAUGAGAGAACAUAUUCUAUAAAUAUUUUUUACAUUGUAUGAGGAAUAUUUAAAAAUUAUACAUUUUUUUUCUUCAACAGCUUUUUGGGCCCUUGCUUCGAAGCUGCUGUUCCAGUCUUUCCUACCUGAAUAUUUCAAGAAAUGUAUAUUCUAAUAGGUAGGUAAUAUCACAGAUUUAUACUAUAUAAAUUACAUGGUUCAUUGUAUCAGAAGUUCUGCCAUCUUUAAUACAAUCCACCAUAAAUGCAAGGUCAAUAUUGAUAUUUCUAUUAGGGUUAUUCACAAAGCACAUAUUUCAUUCAAAUGGAAAAAAUCCAGUGAAAAUAAUUUAAUUCCAACAGCAAUGGCAAUUUUUACAUUUACUGAAGCCAAAUAUGGUCGUAUUUUGGUCAGAUCAAGUGAAUCUGGAGCAAUCACUGGAUACAUUUGUUGUCCAGAUUAAAAUCAGUGUUUUCGCAUUAAAACUCUACAAAAAGGAUAAGAUUCUAAAGAUUCAUAAAGCACCAAUAUUAAAGGAACACUAUAGUCACCCAGACCACGUCAGCUCAAUGAAGUGGUCUGGGUGCCAGGUCCCUCAGGUUUUAACCCUUCAGAUGUAAACAUAGCAGUUUCAGAGAAACUGCUAUGUUUACAUUUGGGGUUAAUCCAGCCUCUAGUGGCUGUCUUCCGGACAGCCACUAGAGGCGCAUCUGUGACACUGGGGGCAAAUUUCUCCUCCAUCGCGCAGAGCGUCCAUAGGAAAGCAUUGAGAAAUGUCCCAUAUGGAAUCUGUUGAUGCCACUCCCCCAACUUAGGAGUCACAGCCCCAAGUGCUCCUAUCACAACUGGGACUACAAACUGCCUUCACUUUCCACAUCCUUUCUAGUUCUUCUUUCAGUCAUUGGUAUUUAUCCACCUUCUCAUGUUCCUUCUUCCUGAUGUUAUUGUCACUGGGUAUUGCCACAUCCACCACGACUGCAGUCUCCUGUUCCUUGUCUAUCACCACGAUGUUGGGUUAGUUGGCAAGCACUUGCUUGUCUGUUUGGAUCUUGAAGUCCCACAGGAUCUUAGCCCUGUCAUUCUCAACUACCCUUUGUGGUAUCUCCCAUCUGGACUUAGGCAAGUCCAAUCCAUAUUCUGUGCAGAUGUUUCGUUACACAAUCCCAGCAACUUGGUUGUGUCUCUCCAUGUAUGCUGUUCCUGCUAACAUCUUGCAUCCGACUACUAGGUGCUGGACUAUCUCAGAGGUCUCUUUUUACAGUCUGCAUAUUGGGUCUUGCCUGGUGUGGUAGACUCCAGCUUCUAUUGAUCUGGUGCUGAGUGCCUGUUCCUGUGCUGCUAUGAUUAGUGCCUCAGUGCUGUCUUUCAGUCCUGCUUUUUCCAACCACUGGUAGGUUUUUGUCAUGUGAGCCGCAUCCACUAUCUGCCGGUGGUACACCCCAUGGAGAAGUUUGUCUUGUCAAGGAACCUCCUCUUUUUCUGCAUCCUUUAUCUGUUGAAGUCUCAGGCAUUCCCUUAGCAAUUUAUCAUUGGGAGCCAUCUUCAUGACAUACUUGUGGAUGCUCUGUGUUUCAUCCAGGACUGUGGACUUGACACUUCCUUCCGGCAGGUGUACAAUCUCUGGGUGCUGGAUUUUGGGUGGAAUCCUACAUUCAUAGUGAGUAGUUUCCUGGUCUUGGCAUCCAUGGUUACCAGUUCUUCUCUUGGCCAGGUUAUUAUUCCAGCUGGGUACCUGAUGACCGGUAGGGCAUAUGUGUUGAUGGCUUGGAUGUUGUUCUUGCCAUUGAGCUGGGACUUCAGGACCUGUCUGACUCUUUGGAGGUACUUCGAUGUUGCUAUCCUUCUUGUCUCUUCCUCAUGGUUGCCAUGCAUUUGUGGUACCCCCAGGUUCUUGUAUCUGUUCUCUACAUCUUCUCUUUGGCCUAAUGGAACUUCAACUCAUUCUGUCCUAAUCAUCUUCCCUUUUUUUGCUAUCAUCCUCCUGCACUUCUCUAGUCCGAACGAGAUUCCAAUGUCCUUGCUGUAUAUCCUUGUUUAGUGGAUCAGUGAGUCAAUGUCCCGCUCAUUCUUGGCAUACAGCUUGAUGUCAUCCAUGUAGAGUAGGUGGCUGAUGGUAGCUCCACUCUUGAACCUCUAUCUGUAUCCACUAUUCUUUAUGAUAUGGCUAAGGGGGUUGAGGCCUAUGCAGAACACCAUUGGGGUUAGGACAUCACCUCGGUAUAUGCCACAUUUGAUGUUCACUUGAAUUAUUGUCCUGGAGGUCAAGGUCAACAAAAUAAUAUGAGCCUUCAUCAAGAACUCGAUGUUCAAGUGGAAAACAACACUAGAAAAAAAUGUAUAUGUAUAUAUAUUUCUUGAGCCCUCCAUCUGUUGUGUCCUGGUUGUUAUUUGUCCCAGCCCUCGAUCUGCUGUGUCCUGGUUGUUAUUUGACUCCAGCCAACAUAUGUGAUCCCUGACAAAGUGCACCUGGAAAACUUGGUAAGCAUUUUUAGAAAGAAAUAUGCUUUAUUGUACAUUUUCAGGUAAAUCAAGUCAAUGUUUCAGUCCAUUGCUUGACUUUUUCAAGACUUUAUUUGGUUUGUGUGUGUGUACGUGCUCUUUUUUUUGUCAAUCUCUUUUUAAAAUUUUUAUAUUAAGGUACAUGAUACGGCAAAUGGAGUUAUUGCAAACAUACAUCUGAGCUGUACAAGAGUAGGACGAUAUCACGUUUAUAUAUAUAUUUAUUUAUUUUGUUACAGAAAGCUUAAAGAUGUACCGCCUACAAUCACAAAGUUUUUCAGAAAGACUUCUGCCCUCAGACAUCUAGAGCUGUCAGGAACUAAAAUUCCACCAGAAGCUUUAAGGUAAUGUGUGAUUCUUAGUUAUGUCAAACAUUUAUAGCAUUUUUAAAGAUGCUAUAUAUUUAGAUCAUUUCCUUGGGAUUCAUGGGUGUUAAAAAAAAGUAUUAAUUUUGUAAUAAUAGAAUGCACUUACAAACACAAAAAUCAAUGCGUGUAUUUCCACUACAAGUGGAAUAUCAGGAAGAACCAGGUCACCAACUUGAAAAAAAUUGCCAAGAAGAACAAUAAAAACAAAUAAAAAACAUAGAACAAUAAAAUCAAAGAAGAGUCAAAGUAAAACACAUCUAAAUUCAAUUAGUCCAGAUUGGAUUUCUUCAGUGAUCUAUGUUUUUUAUUUGUUUAUACUUUAUUAUGUGGGCAUUACUGCUGUUCUUGUCUAUUGGUUUUUCACGUUGUGUUUUCUUGGGGUGUUUUGUAAAGGUAAAAAUAACAAAGUUUUUGUUUUAAUUUCACUCAUAUUUUAGUGUUUCUUGUUUUGGGUUAUAUAAUGCUUUGUAUUUACCCAAAAUAUAUUGGCAUAAUCAUAUCCCAUCUGAGGUGCCAUUUUUAGUAAACUAAACAGAUUUAAAUUUGUUAACUUUUCCUAAUAACUUAAAUGUUCCAUUCCUUUUAUUAAUUUUGGAGCCCACAUCUUCACGUUUUCUAGUGACAUAGUAUCCUUCUUUAGAACAGGUGCCCCAAAUUGCACACCAUAUUCAAGGUGACAAGGAGACAAAAUUAUAUUUUCAUCCCAAGAAUCAAUACCACAUUUUAUACAGGACAAUACCCUACUGUCCGUAGCAAUUGCUUGUUAACAUUGAACAUUGUUGCCUAGCUUGUCUGUUAAUCCAUCCAUUGUUCAGCGCUACGGAAUUUGCUGGCGCUAUAUAAAUAAUAAAAUAAUAAUAACAAUUCCCAAAUCCUUCUCAUGUGUUGUUAUCCAUAAUUCACUACCAUUUAGGGUGUAAGUUGCCUGUGCAUUUCUUCCCCCCCGAAGGAAAUCCCCACUGCAAUCCUAAUUGCAAUAAUCACAUUGGGCAGCACACAAAUCUUUUUGACAAAUAGUUACAUUUUUAGUAUAUAUGAUUAUUCCAGAAUAUAUGUAAGGAAAUAGUAUACUAUGGUAGAACACAUCCACAACAAGUAAAUAGCUAAUUAUUAAAAGAAUAAUAUUUUGUAUAAAACAGAGAGACAAAACACACUCACAUUUCCCUUACUUCGUGGUAAAAUAAAAGCUCAUUUUAUUUUGAUUUACUUGGAAUUAUUCACACAACAUUUUCUUGUAAAAAUGCAAAAUUUUAAAGUUUAUAUUUAUCAUGGGUUUUAAAUUGAAAUUGUACCACUUUUAAUGUUGAAAAAUAUGUUUUUCCUGUAUUGUAGAGCAAUGUUUCGAGGAUUAUCCAAGAAUGAUAUUAUCAAUGAUCUUCAUAUGGAUCUUAGAGACUGUGAGGUACAAUUUUAA